AUGGCUGAUGUUUCCAUUCCUCUCGCCCCAGCAAUGGAGGCAUUUGAGACGUCCAAUGGCUCGAAUAUUACGAGUGAACGAGAUCUGCCACCAGUGGAUCGCGGCAAGGCAGCGUGGCUUUUUUUAGCGGCUUGUUUUAUGAUUGAGGCGCUCAUCUGGGGGAAGUUGACUUCAGGAUUCACCUUCUCUUUUGGUAUCUUCCAGGAUUACUACAGCGCUCAUGAGCCGUUUAAAAGCUCAGGUAAUAUUGCAGUAGUGGGAACCUGCGCCAUGGGCAUCUCAUAUAUGUUACUCCCAGUGGCUUUCAUUCUUUUGCAUGCAGUUCCUCGACUUAAGCUAUGGGCUGCACCGAUUGGCUUCAUCAUUAUGUGUCUAGCGCUUUCACUUAGCUCAUUCGCAACCAGCACAUCACACUUGAUUGUCUCGCAAGGAGUUGCUUAUGGAAUCGGAGCAAGCUUAGCCUAUGCUCCAACCAUCGUCUUCAUGGAUGACUGGUUUGUCCAAAGGAAAGGCUUGGCGUUCGGGAUCAUGUGGGCCGGCACUGGGAUUUCUGGUGUUAUCUUGCCAAUUGUUCUUCAAUGGAUGCUUGAUGCAUUUGGACCGCAGACAACCCUGCGCGCAUGGUCAGUCACAUUGAUGCUUCUCGGGGGCCCAUUGCUGUACUUCGUCCGGCCUCGUCUGCCAAUCUCCCGAUCGUCUCGCACCAGACCCUUCGACUUCAAAUUUCUCCGUGACUCGGCCUUCCUCGUCUAUCAGACGGGUAACAUUCUCGAGGCAGUCGGGUAUUUCCUGCCCACUAUCUAUUUACCCUCUUUUGCCCGCAGUCUCGGCGCCGGGGGCAUUGAAUCAUCCCUGACUGUCAUCCUGUUCAAUUUGGCAUCCGUGUUCGGCUGCAUCGCCAUGGGCUCAUUGGUUGAUCGCUGCCAUGCAACCACUUGCAUCCUCGCCUCGACCGUUGGUAGCACCAUUGCAGUCUUUUGCAUCUGGGGCUUUGCCGACUCGCUUGGCCCUCUGUAUGUGUUUUGCAUCAUGUAUGGUCUCUUCGCGGGGUCAUUCUCGUCUACAUGGCCGGCCAUUGUGAGUGAAAUCAAGAAAAGGAGUACCUUUGCGGAUGCAAGUAUCGUCUUCGGCUUCUUGUCGACUGGCCGGGGUAUAGGCAACAUUAUCAGUGGGCCGCUCAGUGAAGCUUUGCUCAAGGGAUCUCCGUGGCAGGGAUUAGCGGCCAAGGCGUAUGGGUCGGGCUUUGGACCCCUUAUUGUGUUCACGGGAGUUUCGGCGCUGCUUGGGGGUCUCGGUGUUGCUACAAGAUCUUCCAGGCUCUCCUAG